AGCGAUAUUGCGAUCUCUAUCGAGAAAUCAUUUAAAUUAUUGAGUACUCGAGAUGCGGCAAAUAUGCUUCUGUUUGACACUGAAGCGCAAGUGACAGAGUUCGCCAAACAGCGAAAGUGGAAAACUGAUCAUGGAUGUUUUGUCUUCGAAACGGAUGCGGCGCAGCAAGACAAACCUACGCUGGACACUGCUCGUAUCGCAAAACAAACGAUCUUCUAUGCAAAACAGUUGGAAAUGAUUGUUUGA